AUGGUUUAUAGUGCAUUUUAUUUGCCGCUUGACCUUCACCAUUCGCUUUUGGCUCAAAAAUAUAGUUUUGAUGACAGCAAAGUCCUGACACCUGCUGUGCGCACAAACUUAAUGCGGUUACUUUGCACACCAGGAACACCAUUGUUCGAGUCAUGCGGGUGGGCGACCAAAAUAUUAUCUGCGCGAGACAUCUCGUCCGGCAUGAUGCGCCCUGGAGCUUACAAUUUAAAUGAGCAGGCGAUGGAUGCCACUAUUGAGAUCAUCCGAGGCAUUGUCGAGGACCAAAAGGUGGAUGUCAGAGAGGUCUACAUUGACACUGUUGGGAAUCCGACAGCCUACCAGCAGAAGCUGGAGCGAAUAUUCCCUUCAUUGAAGAUAACUGUUGCCAAAAAGGCUGAUUCCCUGUAUCCAUGCGUUAGUGCCGCAAGUGUUGCUGCCAAAGUGACCAGAGAUAUAGCACUAAAUCUCUGUCAUGAAAACGUGCUAGUCGCCCAACAACCAGGGGAUCCUUCCCUUACAAGUGCUACAGACACCUGGGGCAGCGGAUACCCCUCUGAUUCGAAGUGCAUUUGCUGGCUUCGAAGAAACAUGCAGCCUAUUUUUGGGUGGGGAAAUGAAUGUCGUUUCAGUUGGGGUACUGCGAAGGAAAUGCUGGAGUUGAAGGAAGGAUGCAAGGUUGAUUGGGGGGCAAAUGAAGACAACGCGCAACUCAGGGAGUUCCUUCUGAUAUCACCUGAUAGUACUGGAAGAACAGGCCAAGAACUGGGGGAGUGGUUUGGGUAUAAACCAGCAGAAAUCCUUUGA